GCGAGCGGUGCGCGGGCAGCGUGGGGCCGCCGAGGCGCGCUUAGGGUUCGGGGCGGCCGCCACCGCCGCGCCUGGGAGAUGUGCCCGGAGGAGGGCGGCGCGGCCGGGCUGGGCGAGCUCCGCUCCUGGUGGGAAGUCCCGGCCAUCGCGCACUUCUGCUCGCUUUUUCGCACCGCGUUCCGCCUGCCCGACUUUGAGAUCGAGGAAUUAGAAGCAGCUCUUCACAGAGAUGAUGUAGAGUUUAUCAGUGACCUGAUCGCCUGCCUGCUUCAGGGCUGCUAUCAACGAAGGGAUAUCACGCCUCAGACAUUCCACAGCUACCUAGAGGACAUCAUCAACUACCGCUGGGAGCUUGAAGAAGGGAAGCCCAACCCUCUGAGAGAAGCCAGUUUCCAAGACCUGCCCCUUCGCACUCGUGUGGAAAUCCUGCACCGCCUUUGUGAUUAUCGGCUAGAUGCAGAUGAUGUCUUCGAUCUUCUCAAGGGUUUGGAUGCAGACAGUCUCCGCGUGGAACCAUUGGGUGAAGACAAUUCUGGGGCACUCUAUUGGUAUUUCUAUGGAACACGAAUGUAUAAGGAGGACCCAGUGCAAGGAAAAUCCAAUGGAGAACUCUCGUUGAGCAGGGAAAGUGAAGGACAAAAAAAUGUGUCCACUGUUCCUGGGAAAACAGGAAAAAGAAGAGGAAGACCCCCCAAACGGAAGAAAGUACAGGAGGAGAUUAUAGUGAGUGAAAAGCAGGAAGAAAACUCCUUGGCAUCUGAACCACUGACAAGAAAUGAGUCCCAAGGGCCAGGUCAAGGCACUUGGUGGCUCCUGUGCCAAACAGAAGAAGAAUGGAGACAGGUCACUGAGAGUUUUCGGGAGAGGACCUCCCUUCGAGAACGGCAGCUCUAUAAGCUCCUCAGUGAGGACUUCCUGCCCGAGAUCUGCAACAUGAUUGCCCAGAAGGGAAAGCGUCCACAGCGCACAAAGGCAGAGUUGCAACCUAGGUGGAUGUCUGACCACCUGUCCAUCAAAUCCAUGAAGCGAGAGGAGACCCCUGUGCUUCCCCGAAUAGAAAAACAGAAGCGCAAAGAGGAGGAGGAAGAACGUCAAAUUCUUCUAGCAGUGCAGAAGAAGGAGCAGGAGCAGAUGUUAAAGGAAGAGAGGAAACGAGAGCUGGAGGAGAAGGUCAAGGCAGUGGAAGAUCGAGCAAAGAGGAGAAAACUCAGGGAAGAAAGGGCAUGGCUGCUGGCCCAAGGAAAGGAGCUCCCCCCAGAACUUUCCCAUCUGGACCCUAGUUCCCCCAUGAGAGAAGAAAAAAAGACUAAAGACCUCUUUGAGUUGGAUGAUGAUUUCACUGCCAUGUAUAAAGUUCUAGAUGUGGUAAAGGCUCACAAGGAUUCCUGGCCCUUUUUAGAACCUGUGGAUGAAUCCUAUGCCCCAAACUAUUACCAGAUUAUUAAGGUCCCCAUGGAUAUCUCAAGCAUGGAGAAGAAACUGAAUGGAGGUUUAUACUGUACCAAGGAGGAAUUUGUAAAUGACAUGAAGACUAUGUUUAGGAAUUGUCGAAAAUAUAAUGGGGAAAGUAGUGAAUAUACCAAGAUGUCUGAUAAUUUAGAGAGGUGUUUCCAUCGAGCAAUGAUGAAGCAUUUUCCUGGUGAAGAUGGAGACACAGAUGAAGAAUUUUGGAUCAGAGAGGAUGAAAAGCGAGAGAAGAGACGGAGCCGGGCUGGGCGAAGCGGUGGAAGCCACGUUUGGACCCGCUCCAGGGACUCUGAAGGGCCCAGCAAGAAACAGCAACUGGUGGAGAAUGGAGGGAAGUCAUUGCCACCUGCCCGCCGAGCUUCUUCUGGGGAUAAUCAAAGCAGCAGUUCCACACACCUCCCUCGGGAGGUGGGCACCUCAAAUGGCCGAGGCUUUUCUCGUCCCCUACAUUAUGGUGGGAUGCCCAACCAGGCACCCCUUUUAAACCAGAUGAGGCCAACAGUACCAGGAACAUUUGUCCCUCUUCGAGGAUCAGAUCCUGCCAAUUUGUAUGUCUCCUCUAGGGUCCCAGAACCACACCCUGGAGAACCUGUACAGCAGCAUCAGCCUUUUACCAUGCAGCCUCCAGUUGGAAUUAACAACCACCGAGGACCCAGGCUAGGCACUCCGGAAGAGAAGCAAGUGUGUGGGGGGCUGACACACCUUAGUAACAUGGGAUCACAUCCUGGAUCCUUACAGCUUAGGCAUAUGGGUGGCCCUAGUCAGGAUGGAAAUAUUUAUCCCCCAACUCAAUUCCAGUCAGGAUUUAUUCCUCCCAGGCAUGGUGGGGCUCCAGCCCGACCCCCAGACUUUCCUGAAAGCUCAGAAAUUCCUCCCAGCCACAUGUACCGAUCAUACAAGUACAUGAAUCGAGUACACACUGCUGUCUGGAAUGGGAACCAUGGUGCUACAAACCCAGGACCCUUGGGCACAGAUGAGAAGCCCCCCAUGGGGCCAGGACCCUCUCACCAGCCUCGCACUCUUGGUCAUAUGAUGGAUUCCCGAGUGAUGAGACCUCCUCUCCCCCCAAACCAGUGGACUGAACAAUCAAGCUUUCUACCUCAUGGAGUUGCUUCUUCAGGGUAUAUGCGAGCACCCUGUAAAUCUGGUGGACAUCGGUUACAGCCACCUCCGGCCCCAACGCCAAGUUCUCUUUUUGGAGCACCCUCCCAGGCUCUGCGGGGGGUGCAAGGAGGGGACUCCAUGAUGGACAGCCCAGAGAUGAUUGCCAUGCAGCAGCUUUCUUCCCGAGUUUGCCCACCAGGUGUGCCUUACCACCCCCGACAGCCUACAUCCCCCCAUUUACCUGGCCCUUUUCCACAGGUAGCUCACUCGGCAUCAGUAAGUGUGUCAGCCCCCAAGCCUACCUUGGGGAACCCUGGGAGGACACAGGAUAACAGUGAAACACAAGAGCCUGAGAAUGACCGAGCAGAUCCCUUGCCUGGGCUUGAGGAGAAACCACCAAACAUUGGUGCUUCAGAGGGGGUGUACCUCAAACAGCUACCUCACCCUACACCUCCGUUGCAGACCGACUGUACCAGGCAGAGCUCACCACAAGAAAGGGAAACAGAGGGCCCAGAGCUCAAAAGCGACUCCUCAGAAUCUGGAGACAACUGUAAAGCAACAAAGAGCAAGAACACCUGGCCCCCAGAGAGCAACUAUACCAGCCCAGCCACCCAAGGAUGUAUGCGAGACGUCUCCACUCUGGCAGAUAGAGGGGCUCUACCUGAAAAUGGAGUAAUUAUUGAAGCAUCCCCUUGUGGAUCAGAGGGGAAGGGCCUUGGUGGUAGUGGUUCAGAAAAGCCACUCUGCCCCAGAGGCAAAACGCUACAGGAAACCAUGCCGUGUACAAGACAGAACCCAGCUACACCUCCCAACGUGGACCCCAAUCUGAUGGGAGGCACUGUAAGCCAGUUUUCCCCCUUGUACAUGCCUGGGCUGGAAUACCCAAAUUCAGCUACACAUUACCACAUCAGUCCAGGCCUGCAAGGUUUGGGCCCUGUGAUGGGAAGUAAACCCUCAGUAUCCCAUCCUCAGCAUUUCCCCCCUAGGGGCUUUCAGUCUAACAACCCUCAUUCUGGAGUCUUUCCCCGGUAUCGCCCCCACCAAGGAAUGAGGUAUUCCUACCAGUCACCACCUCAGCCUUCCUAUCAUCACUAUCAGCGAACUCCUUAUUAUCCGUGUCCACAGGGCUUUUCUGACUGGCAGAGACAUCUUCAUCCCCCGGGAAGCCCAAGUGGGCUCCCACCUAAUCCACCCCCCCCACCAAGGCCCCUCUUCUCAGAUAAGAGCACCUUGGCUAAUCUGCAAGGCUGUGAGACACUGAAUGCUGCCUUAAGUUCCCCAACCCAAAUGGAUGCGGUAGCUGCUAAAGUCGUCUCAGCUGAUGGACAGAAUCCUGGUCCAGAGGAAGAAAAGCUGGAUGAAUCUAUGGAGAGGCCAGAGAGUCCCAAAGAAUUUUUAGACCUGGACAACCAUAAUGCAGCUACCAAGCGGCAGAGCUCAUUGUCAGCCAGCGAGUAUCUUUAUGGAACUCCUCCUCCACCUCUGAGUUCAGGGAUGGGAUUUGGUUCAUCUACUUUCCAGCCCCAUGGUGUGAUGCUACAGACAGGGCCUCCUUACACACCUCAGCGGCCAGCCAGUCAUUUCCAGCCCAGGGCCUACUCUUCCCCCGUGGCUGCUCACCCACCUCACCAUCCAGUGGCUGCCCAGCCCAACGGCCUCUCUCAGGAGGGCACCAUCUAUCGCUGCCAAGAAGAGGGCCUGGGUCACUUUCAGGCUGUAAUGAUGGAACAAAUUGGUACUGGAAGUGGAAUAAGGGGACCUUUCCAGGAAAUGUACAGACCAUUAGGGAUGCAAAUGCAUCCAGUCCAGUCACAGUCCUCGUUCCCAAAGACCCCAGCACCAGCAGCAUCCCGGGAAGAGCUGCCACCACAUAAGCCCCCAACACUUCCUCUUGAUCAGAGCUAGUCCAAGGAGGAAAUAAACCCCAAGGAAACGGAAAGCUGCACAUGAAGACUGGAACAUGGAAAAUUUAGGGAAGCGAUCCCUGCCCACCUCUGUUCCUGUUACCCUGCCACACCCCUUCACAGUGCAUCCCAUCGUGCCGUCCAAGAGCUGGAGCCAUUCCCGGAGCCCUAGAAGCAUACUCCUUAGGCUAACACCAGCUUGCAAAGGUCCUUGGUUGGGGAUCUCUUGUAUGGCUGAUGGUCAAGAACAAAUGAACUGAAAUUAGUGAUGGCUUUUCUAAGUCCUAAGACUCUUGUUCAGGGAAAAUCGUCUUAAACUUGGGGGAGAGGGUCACACUUAAGAAUGGAGUGGUGCUUGUAAACUUUCAUGAGCAGCUAAACUCAGGUAUAUAUUUGGGGAAGGGACUACUUGUAGUAUUAAUGUGUUUUGGAGCUGGGUCCAGUUUACAGAAUUUUCAUGUUGCCUUUUAAAAAUAAUUUUUGUUGUUGGUGGUGAAUGUAUUGUACAUAAGUGGGAAGGGUGGGUGGGGAUGUGGAAGAAAUGGAAGUCCUAACGAUGGUGGGCAGGCAGCACUGCAGUGAUCCUUAUCUGUUUACAGUCAUGUCACACUGAAUACUUUUGGGAGCUGGAGAAGAGGGUAGGUAAAGUUUACUCUAGUAAAUUAUCACUGUUUCCUCAGUGGUUAGACAUCCUUUGUUCAUUAAGGGCCUUCUUUCCAAUCAGCCCGAGAUUGUUGAGUUUCUCAGUUUGGAGGCAGAGCGCUCGCACACGGCCUACCAGAAGCAUCAGCCUAGAAGACAGGCUUCCCUCUCAUCCAGUGGCCCAAAGCCUGGAUUUCAGAGAGCAGUGCCCUUCGUGAUUUGCCACCAGCCCUACUGGAUAGUUGUAAACCAGUAUCAGGAAUUGGGAUCACUAGAGUGUUUUGCUUAUUAGAAUUUAAAAUGAAUCGUCCUCUUCACAGACCUGCCGGGACUGUGAUCUGAUAGACAUCACACAAAGCUUUCUGGCACGAAUCACAUUUUGUGGAAGUGACUACUCAGGUUUGUAUAUGUUAGUAUCAAUAAAGAAAUUGCACAGUUUUGAAUAGGAAAAAUGUAUUCUAUAGAUUUACAGUUUGAAUUUAGGAAUAUCUCAGUAUAUAUAGUUUUAAUUCAUUUUAAGUGAAUCAUAGUAAAAUAAGUCAUGGUGAUUUAAAAUAGCUUUCAGGAACGAGUUCUUGGAAAUCAUUUGUCAUAUCUGUGAUAGGAAACAAUUUUACAGUAUUACUUUGUUACAGUUUUAGAAGUGAAUUACACUGGAUUGUCCUUUGUUUAGCAUUCUGUAUUUGAUUUUAGCUGAGAUGCCACCAAAGUUAGGACUCCUCUAUGGUUUAAACUUUUGAACAUCCCACAAAGAGGAAAAAAAAAACUAAGGAAAAAUGUCCUGAAAUAAACAGAUUUUUGUAAAGAAUAGCAUAUUUUUAAGCAUGCCUUUGGGAUAGUAGAAAAGCCUCCAUAUAAUAUUAAUCUGCUCUAGUUUCUUACAAAUUCAGCCUUGUGAGGGGCCAUUAGAAUCUUUCCCUCCAAUUCCAGCAUCCUUGAUGAAACGUGGAACUAUCAUGUUUAAAGUUCGCUAUGCUGUGCUAUUUAGGAAAAGAAACAAAUUGGAAAUAUCCAUGUUAUACAGAUGGAACCCAAGACACCAGCUCCAGUGUAAAGAAAAUUCAUACAAAUAAGGGAAUGCUUAUUGACCUGGCGUUGUGGCUUACGGCUCAGGCAGGAUUGAGAGUUGUGUAGGAACACAGGAGCCUUUAAGAUUCAUUGCACAAAAAUACGAAUUCUUUUUCUCUAAUAGACUCCAGUUUUAAAUUUGGUGUGCUUUUAAGUGAAUGAGUUUUGAGGCUGUGUUCUCAUUUGGUCCUGAUUCUGGUUAGAAAGCUGUCACUGGCAUGAUCUGGUUUGGAAGAGUGAAGAUGUCCGCGCUGUCCCUGUAGGAAGAACAGAUCUGAUGAUUCAGCUCUUGAGCUGGUGUAAGUUAAUGCCGAUGCAUUUACUCCUUCUGUUUUUGUGUCUGUGUAGAAGCAGGGAGGAGAGAAAGACCAGCUGGCUCAAGUCUAGUUAGAGCUGGUCUAGACCCAGAGUGCUCUGCCACUGACAGCCUUUCUCUUCUCAUGUGAAAGUCGGUGGGAGUGACAGGCCUUUGCUGCCUGACUCAGAGCACAGUGGCCACAGGGUCCGUUCCCCUGGCGCUGAGGUUGGAGGUAUUGCUUUGUGCUGAAUGGCCCUGGGGCGUGGGUAGGAGUGGACCAUAAGCAGUGGUUGGGCUGACCUGUGUCCUUUCUCCUUCCACCCUGCAUGAGUAACCUUUUCUCCUCACUCUCCCAACCCCGUACCCCCUGUUACCUGUUGCUAGAGAAAAGCUGUGAACAAUAUAGGAAGAAAUCAAUAAAUGUAGAGAGGUGAGAAAAUGUUAAGGAAGAACUGUAUCAAGGACUGAACUACUGUAUCAUCUCCUAACACUGGGAACGAGGGCAACAGCAGACUCGGCAGCCUUGUUGCGUCCCAUGUGGGAACUGAGUCGUGCAUUACAGCCCUUGUCUGCUAUCUCCUGAGCUUUUACUGGUCUUUGAAGCCCGGAUCUGCUACAGGCAGUCAGGAGCUGCAAGAGAACACAUGUGACGGUUGAGCUGCUUGACGGCUGAUCGCUCUGCCCCCAGGCACGACCUUUUCUUCCCUCCUGUUUUUCUCCUCUGGCACUUCUCUUCCCACGUGUCUUAACAUGCAUUUGCCUUCUUGUCCAUGAGGGUGGUGUGUGAUAUGUUAAAACUAGAAAGUAGUGUAUGAGGAGGUCCUCAGAAUGAUCUGCUGUCGGGCUAGGAGGACUCUCCCACGGUGUCCGCAGGCCGGCUCUCGGGAGUCCCCAGGAGGGGGUAGCUGGGCUCCACGGGGAAUGAGGAAACUCUCACACCUGUUGGAUUGAACAGUCCUGGCUAGCCUUUAUUAGAGUUGUUAAUAAGUUAGGAUCUUUUUUCCCUAAGACCCAGGAGAAAAAAACAACCCAGAAAGAAAAGUAAAGCUUUUUGGAAGGUUUCUGGUUUGGGUUUAUUGUUUGUUUUUUCCCUCAGAGUCUGUUCUUUUAAAAAGUAGCUGUUGGCGGAAAUUUUUUAUGGUAGAUGCAUAUGAAGAGUAAGUAAGGGCGAAAUGUGCAGAUUCUUGUUCAUAUAACUUCUUCCAUUCUACCUUCUAAAAAUAAAAUUAAAGCCACUCUGCCUCUCCUUAAUCACGUUGUUUUGGGUUCGGGCAGUGCACAUGAGCUUCUUCACCAUUCUUUCAUUCUCAGUGAGCCCAAGUGAGACUGCUCUCAAGAGGCAAAACUCUGUCAUGCUCGUCUUCAUUUUUAUGUUGAUGGAAAACGUGAAGACCUGUAGGGUGCGUGUGCACCUUAGUUCACUCAGACCCCAGUUUUCAGUGUUGAUUCACUGUGGCCUAGUGCUCAGACCUUGAAAAUGCUUCUCGUGACCAUUAGGUGUCAUUACCGCAUGGCAUUUGUCUGCUGUAUUAUUAUUUAUGGUAAUUCCUACAGGAGUCAAAGAGGAUGCUAAGUGCUGUCCAAAACACGCAAAAUCCCAGUGUUACACUCAUCACAGAUGUCAGAAACAAGCUCUCAAUCCAUACGACUUCAUUGAAUUUUUCUUCCCUUUUUGAAAUUCAGAUUUAUAAAUAAAACACUGCUCUUAAGCCCCAAUCUGAAAUUUCACAGCAAGUCUUAACCCAGCAGUCCCAAGGCAAGGACAGUUACAUAGUGUCAGAAUGCUGACAUGCUUUCACAGGAAUGAAAGGCUUAGAGUUUUCUAGCAUUAUUGCUACCUGCCGCCUCCCCCUCCCCCCGCCCUGUGACUGUCAGUCCAUUCACCCCUGCCAGAUUCUGCAUGGACCUCCAGUGAGGAAGUCAGCUCCAUGUGUGUGUGAGUCAAGGACUGUUCCACCUUGGGGGUUUCUGGAAUGCAGUGUCCCAGCUAAUAGUUUUCUGUUCAACAUUCCAGUGAGAAUACUGGGAAUUUUGGUUGAGCAUGCAGAGGCUUUUAUUCCUGGGCUCACAUCACAGUCUAGGAACUAAGAAUGUGAUUGAGAUUUGCUGCAUGAGAAGAAACCCCUUUUCCUUUUUUGGUGGGUUGGACUUUCUCUGUAAUAUGGAGCCUUAGGACACCGAGCCUUGCCCUGUUUUUCAUUUAGGAAAUCAGAACCUGAAUGAACAUUUUUGCAGCCCAUCUCUCAUAUGAAGCUGUGACACAAGCUUUGUCUCCAGGUUGGGUGUUUAUCUGUCUCUGCUUUGUAGGCCUUUGCUAACCAGAAAUUUAGAGGGGCUGUCCCCCCAGCUAGUCUUUGUCUCUGUGUACCAGGGGACUGACUGAACUUUUAUGUAGAAAUGCCUAAUAACCAACUGAUUGUCCUGCAUGUGUUUUUGAAAAGGGUGGGAUGGGGUUGGGAACAGGGGGUGUGGAUAUUGAGUAAGUUAUUGAAAUGCUGAACCCCGUUCAGUAUCCUUCGUGUGACCCCUUUUCCCCAGCUGGGACUCGGGUACCUCCCUCUCCUGCCUUGCACACAGCUCCUGGGAGCCCAGGCCAGUCUCCACCAGCCUGCGGCACACAGUGUCAGGGAUUCUUUGCUCCUGCUGCAAAAGCCGUGUGAACUUUCCUGGCCAGUACUGGAAAGGGGAAUGCUAUUUAUUUUUAUAUUGUGUAUAUUUUGUCGUGGUCUGCUGAUUCCCUGUUUCACUGAGAGCGACACUUACCUCAAUAGUUAGUUCGAUAUUGUGUGUUGGAUAAUUUUUUAAAAGAACUUUUUAAAAAGCUUUUUGAUCCUCAGAGGUCUGUAGAUUUAUUUCCAUAUGAACUGGUUAUUUUGUAUAAAGUACAUUCUUAAAAUAGCAAG